GCCCGCGCCAGCGCCACCGUCCGGUCCGCCCGCCAGCCCGCGCGGCCGCGCCGCCGCCGAGCGUGGGGCGCCGCGCUCCGGGGACCAGGAAUGGGGCUUCGGGCACUGAGCGCGCUCCGAAGCCGGCGCACGUGAGAGCCGAGGAGCGCCGCCCGGAGCCCCGUGGUCUGGGACGGGGAGAUGUGGGACGCACAGCCGCCUGUCCCCCGAGGAGCCGCCGUCCCCGGGAUCCCCGGGCAUGGUGCGCGCCCCGGCCGGCAGUGCCCGGAGAAGACGGCGCCCCCCACGCCCGACCCGCGGGGCCCGGGUAGCGCGGCGCCAGCCCUCUAGGCGGCCGCAGGGCCACGACAGCUCCGCCGCCGGCGCCCCCCGGAAACCAUGACCCCCGGCGCGGGCCCAUGGAGCCAUGGCCUAUAGGGUCCUGGGCCGCGCGGGGCCAGCUCAGCCGCGGAGGGCGCGCAGGCUGCUCUUCGCCUUCACGCUUUCGCUCUCCUGCACUUACCUGUGCUACAGUCUCCUGUGCUGCUGCGACGACCUGGGCCAGAGCCGCCUCCUUGGCGCGCCUCGCUGCCUGCGUGGCCCCGGCGCGGGCGGCCAGAAACUUCUCCCGAAGUCCCGCCCCUGCGAUCCCCCGGGGCCCACGCCCAGCGCGCCCGGCGCUCCCAGCUCGCCCGCCGCUGCCGCUGCCGCUGCCGCCCCUCGCCUCCCGGCUGCCAACCACUCGGGCUCGGCCAGGCUAGGCACCAAGCGGCUGCCCCAAGCCCUCAUCGUGGGCGUGAAGAAGGGGGGCACGCGGGCCGUGCUGGAGUUCAUCCGCGUGCACCCGGACGUGCGGGCCUUGGGCACCGAGCCCCACUUCUUCGACAGGAACUACGGCCGCGGGCUGGACUGGUACAGGAGCCUGAUGCCCCGGACCCUCGAGAGCCAGAUCACUCUGGAGAAGACGCCCAGCUACUUCGUCACCCAGGAGGCCCCCCGACGCAUCUUCAACAUGUCCCGAGACACCAAGCUGAUCGUGGUCGUGCGGAACCCGGUGACCCGCGCCAUCUCGGAUUACACGCAGACGCUCUCCAAGAAGCCGGACAUCCCCACCUUCGAGGGCCUCUCGUUCCGCAACCGCACGCUGGGCCAGGUGGACGUGUCGUGGAACGCCAUCCGCAUUGGCAUGUAUGUGCUGCAUCUGGAGAGCUGGCUGCGGUACUUCCCCCUGGCUCAGAUCCACUUCGUCAGCGGCGAGCGCCUCAUCACCGACCCGGCCGGCGAGAUGGGCCGGGUCCAGGACUUUCUGGGCAUCAAGAGGUUCAUCACGGACAAGCACUUCUACUUCAACAAGACCAAAGGCUUCCCUUGCUUGAGAAAAACAGAAUCGAGCCUCCUGCCUCGGUGCCUGGGCAAAUCGAAAGGCAGAACUCAUGUACAGAUCGACCCUGAAGUGAUAGACCAGCUGCGGGAAUUUUAUAGACCUUAUAAUAUUAAAUUUUAUGAAACUGUUGGACAGGACUUCAGGUGGGAGUGAGCCACCGACAUGCAAGGGCUCCUCCUCGUCUCCUCCGUGGGGUUUGCCCGUCCAGCCUGUGAGCCUCGGCCCCCGGCAGACCCACGCUCCAGCCCCCUCUCCCAGCUCGGGUUCCAUCAUCCUGGAACUGGGAAGCCCAGCUAAGGCCACGAGACCGGGGGGUCCCUGCCACUAGCUCUCCCCAGUCUGUCUCGGCAAAGCUGACCUGCUUCUGGCAUGGCCAGUCCAUUCCGAAUCAUUUCCCUUCCGCCCACGAGAGGCCUUGGGAAACUGCUUUAAGAGCAGAUCUUCUGAUUAUGAUAGAUCCUGUAAGUGGUGAUGGUUCUGUUGCUGCAGACACAGCAGUCUGCCCCUGUCACUGUCCACCCCGGAGGGGGCUUGCUAAUUCCGAGUGGCAUGUACCUCCCCUCUGAGCUUCACUCUCCCUAGCCUCCCUGGGGGGUGGGAUAGGAGACCAUCCUCUUCCUCCUGACCUUAGCCGCUCAUCGAGACAUUGCAGAGCCCGAAGCACUCCCUGGCCACUCCUAGGAGACAGACCCUCUGAUGAUGAAAUAAACCAGAGAUUUCAAA